AGAAAUCCAAACAAAACAAGAAAAGAAAAGAAAAAAAAGGUCAUUUCAUCAUUUCCUCAUUUUACUGUAUGAUUAGUGAUUAAGAUCUAUUUAAACUCGAAGAAAAUAAUUGGAGAAGGAGACUGAAAGAGAAAAAAAAAAAAAAAAAAAUGGUGGCAACCACUACUACUACCAGCAAAGAUAAUAUUGAAGUUUCAGCAGAAAUUUUGAAGGCAGAGUAUGAUCGAACAAGCGAAGUAAAAGCUUUCGACGAGACAAAGGCCGGUGUUAAAGGACUUGUUGAUGCGGGUGUUAGACAGAUCCCUCGUAUUUUCCAUCGUCUACCCAAUGAACAAUUCUAUGAGAGCUCUGUUCCUGAAGGUGAUCCCCUGUUUAGUAUCCCAGUCAUAGAUCUGAGAGGUGUUUCCGAUGAUUCAAUCCGACGAAAAGAGAUCGUCGAAAGAGUACGGAAAGCAUCGGAGACAUGGGGAUUCUUUCAGAUCGUGAACCAUGGAAUUCCUCUGAGUGUUAUGGAAGAGAUGAGAGAAGGGGUGCGUAGGUUUUAUGAACAAGACACAGAGGUGAAGAAACAGUUUUAUACAAGAGAUCCAACGAAAACAGUGGUUUAUAAUACCAACUUUGAUCUGUAUAAAGCUCCAUCAGCAAAUUGGAGGGACACUUUUUUAUGUCAAUUGGCUCCUGACACUCCUAAUCCACAAGAUUUACCGGAGGUUUGCAGAGACAUACUUAUGGAGUACUCGAAGCACGUAAUGAAAGUGGGAAUUUUACUUUUUGAGUUGUUAUCGGAGGCACUGGGGUUGAACCCGAACCAUUUGAAUAAGAUGGAUUGUACAGAGGGGCUUGGAAUUUUAGGCCAUUACUAUCCUGCUUGUCCACAGCCAGAAUUGACAAUGGGGACAGGCAAGCAUACUGAUAAUGACUUCCUCACAGUGCUGCAACAGGAUCAUAUUGGUGGCCUCCAGAUUCUAUAUAAUAACCAUUGGAUUGACAUACCUUAUGAGCCUGGUGCUCUUGUUGUUAACAUUGGUGAUCUUCUCCAGUUAAUAACAAAUGACAGAUUCAAAAGUGGCGAGCACAGAGUAUUGGCAAACCGCAUAGGUCCGAGAAUAUCUAUUGCAAGCUUUUUUUUCACAGCAGAGUUGCCAACAAAGAAGCUCUAUGGACCUAUUAAGGAGUUGUUAUCAGAAGAAAAUCCUCCAAAGUAUAGGGAAACUACAGUUAAAGACUAUGUUGCAUAUUUCCGUGCUAAAGGCCUGGAUGGAACUUCUGCUUUGCAACAUUUCAAGAUUUGAAUGACUUAGCACAGCAGAGACAUGAAGACGGGUCGAUCUAAUUAAUGGUUUUCAGAGACAAUAAUUUUGAAAAUGUUGGGAUAUGUGUCAUGGAAAGACAAUCCAUAGUAAAGCUGUAUUUUUCUUUUACACAAUAUCAAAAAUGUUUGUUUGUUUGAAGAACAUAUUAAGCUUACCGUUAGUAUUUGAAGCUUACCAUAAGAAGGCCACUAUAGCAAA